CUUUCAAAGGAUCCUAUGGAAAAUCUGGGAAUCAAGCCUGAAGAUGAAGAGGAAGUAAAAGGAAGUACAGGAGAUGAAGAAGUUGAAGGAGAUGAAACACUCGUUCAUUUCGUAUCGAGUCGUCUGUCGAGCAAGUUUCUACGGAGUCCAGAAGAGGAAACACCCAGAAUAAUAUAUAAGUUUUCGAUCUGUUACGAUAAUGGAAAUCAUCUUCUUAAACAAGAUCCACUCGUUAGGCACUCGUGCAAGGCGCAAUUAUUAACAGAGGGCUAUGGCACUAUUUUCGCUACCUACUUGACGGUAGACGGAUUCGACGUAUACGUAAAUACAUAUAUGUAUAUAUAUGUGUAUAUAUAUGUACGUCUUUCUCCGUACUGUGUACUUUCUAUGUAUUAAAGUCUAAUUAUGUACAUAUUUAUUUAUGUAUUUGUCUACAAAAUGACCUACUAUCUAUAUCUAUCUGAGAAUCGUCAACGACGUAAAUCGAAAUAACAUAGAAAAGAAAAUUAUUAGAUAAAUUAAAACGAAAAGUGGAAUUUAAAUUGAAGGAGAAAGGAAACAUUGAUUGGAACGAGAGGGAAGUUUAAAUAAAAGGAGAAAGAAAACAUUGAUUAAAAUGAAAAAAGA